UCAAUCUCUGAAAUCGUUCUAGGCCUUCUCUGUUUACUUCUCUCUCGUUUCUGGCGUGUGUGGUUUUGGUUUCACGAGAAGGAAGAGAGAAACUUGAUCGUGUUGACUGAUCUAGAUAGAUAUCAAAGGAUGGAGAGGAUCGUCGGAGGGAAGUACAAGUUAGGCCGCAAGAUCGGUAGUGGAUCUUUCGGAGAAAUCUACCUUGCGACCCAUGUAGAUACGUAUGACAUCGUCGCGGUGAAAAUUGAAAACAACAAGACAAAACAUCCUCAAUUGCUUUAUGAAGCCAAGUUAUAUAAUAUUCUUCAAGGAGGAAGUGGUAUUGCUGGCAUAAAAUGGUGUGGAGCGGAUGGGGAGGAUAACGCCCUUGUUCUUGACUUGUUGGGACCAAGUCUUGAAGAUUUAUUUGUCUACUGUGGAAGGAAGUUCUCAUUGAAGACAGUUUUAAUGUUGGCAGAUCAGAUGAUUACAAGAAUAGAGUAUGUGCACUCUAAAGGAUUUUUGCAUAGGGACAUCAAACCAGAUAACUUCCUUAUGGGUCUUGGUCGAAAAGCAAAUCAGGUCUACAUCAUUGAUUUUGGCCUUGCAAAGAGAUAUCGGGAUGCUGCAACUAAUCGCCAUAUUCCUUACAGGGAGAACAAAAACUUAACAGGGACUGCACGUUAUGCAAGUUGUAAUACUCAUUUGGGUAUAGAGCAAAGCCGGCGUGAUGAUUUGGAGUCUCUUGGUUAUGUUCUUCUGUAUUUUUUGAGAGGAAGCCUUCCAUGGCAGGGAUUAAAAGCUGCCACGAAGAAGCAAAAAUAUGACAAGAUAUGCGAGAAGAAGUUAUCAACUCCAAUUGAAGUUCUGUGCAAGUCUCAUCCAGUGGAGUUUGCCUCAUAUUUCCAUUAUUGCCACUCUUUGACAUUUGAUCAACGGCCUGAUUAUGGAUUUUUGAAACGUCUAUUUCGGGAUUUGUUCACUCGUGAAGGGUUUGAGUUUGAUUAUAUAUUUGACUGGACCAUUCUAAAGUACCAGCAAGCACAGAGGACAAAAUCUCACACACAAUUAUCUCCAGUUUCAGGAGGGACUAGCAAUCAAGUAAUACCAAUGGAUGUUGACAAGCAUCAAGGAGUAAAUAAUGCUUCUUAUUCAGCUGAGUUUACAGAGCGAGUGGUGUCAAGUAAUGCUCCUCGUCCUGGGGUUCAUAUGCAGUUUAAGUCUCCAACUGACAAGAACUUAACUGCUGAAAAUCCUGUUGAUAAGAAUAAUGUGAGCAAGUUUCUGGCUGGCGUCUCCAGAAAACGUGUUUCAAAACCAAUGAUUCCAACUGAAGGCGCACAUGUCAAUCAAGGGCUUGGUAGCAGAAUUGGUACUUCAAGUUGGGUUCCUUCAUUACAGCGCAACUCUUCUGCCAAGUGACUGCAAUGAAUCCAGAGGCCAAGAUUUAUGGAGCAUAAGGUUUUAAAGGGCACAUGGGAAGAUCUUAUAAGUGCUGCACAAAUGUUUUUGCUCAAGUCCCUUUAUGGAUACCAACUCAUACUGUAUUUUCUUAAAGGUGACUACAGAUACAUUGGAUGAUGCUAAAUAUCAGUCUACUCAAAGCUUGGUUGCUGUUGCGUACAUAGAUGGCACAAAUAUCUUACACCAAUAUUCCAUUUUAUGGUUCCUUGUAACAUGGAUGAUGCAUAAAGUGUUCCCUUCAUUCUUCUGUUAAUAGAUCAUACAAUUUCAGUUGUGAUAUAUGGUUGUUGUUUUGACAGUGUGUAUUUCAUUUGAUUCAGGGUUCUGAGUUGCUUGUGUAUACUUAUUGCUUUAUUAUUUUGGAUCAAA